AUGGCUGCGCUGCUCGGCACCUACCCCUGGCCGGAGCGGCUGGAAGGCGACACGGCCGAGGGGCUGCCCCCGAGGCCACCCCCUCGUUGUCCACCGGGGGAGAAAAGCUCCGAGAGCCGCAUCCGCCGGCCCAUGAACGCUUUCAUGGUGUGGGCGAAGGACGAGAGGAAGCGCCUGGCCGUACAGAACCCCGACCUGCACAACGCGGAGCUCAGCAAGAUGCUCGGCAAGUCCUGGAAGGCUCUGAGCCUCUCUCAGAAGCGUCCCUACGUGGAGGAGGCCGAGCGGCUGCGGGUGAAGCACAUGCAAGAUUACCCCAACUACAAGUACCGGCCGCGGCGCAAGAAGCAGGUCAAGCGCAUCUGCAAGCGGGUGGACCCCGGGUUUUUGCUGGGCAGCCUGGCACGGGACCAAAAUGCUGUGCCAGAGAAGCGGACCUGCAGCCGGGCUGGGGGGGAGAAAGAGGGCCAGGGUGAGUACUCCCCUCACCCGGGGCUGCCAUCCGUCCGGGGCUACCGGGAGGCCCUGGGCAGCGGCAGCAGCAGCACAAGUGUGGACACCUACCCCUACGGGCUGCCCACCCCUCCAGAGAUGUCUCCGCUGGAUGCCAUAGACCCUGAGCAGAGCUUCUUCUCGUCGCAUUGCCCUGAUGAGCAUCACUGUUCCCACCUCACCGGAGCCACCUACUCCCCAGAGUACACGGGCAGCUCUCUCCAGUGCAACCACCACCCUCUCAGCCCUAUAUCACAGCCAGCCAGCUGCAUGAUACCCCCAGCUUCCAGCUGUGCUCCCCUUCCUCUUCCUCCUCCUCCCAGCUACUACACGCCCGCCUUCCCCUCCCUGCACCCCUCUAACCUCCAUGCCCACCUGGGCCAGCUUUCCCCACCACCUGACCAUCACAGCUUUGACACCUUGGACCAGCUGAGCCAAGCUGAGCUCCUGGGGGAGAUGGACCGCAAUGAGUUUGACCAGUAUCUCAAUAACCCCAGCCACAGUGACCACCAUGGUGGUGUCUUGGUCAAUGGACAUGUCCCAGUGUCUGGUAGCUCCGAGACCAGCCUCAUCUCUGUCCUCGCCGAUGCCACAGCCACCUACUACAAUAACUACAGCGUGUCCUAGAACCCUCUGUGGGGCCGCCUGGACCGGCCAAGGAAGGACCAGACACAGUAUUACGAGGCAUCGCUCCCUUGGGACAUCACUCACCACCCCUCAGGGUGACCAAGUCCAAACCUUGAGGGCCAUGGAGUCUCCUUGGUGUCAUAGGUAAAGGACUUCAGCUGUUGGCACACCGCUGGUGCAAAGCCUCGGAUGCCCUGCUCUGAACGGAGCUGAGAAGGGAUUUCCCAACACUAAAGCCCUCUGGUCAAGUCCCUCUUCCAAAGCAGAGGUGCUCCUGGCAGGAUGGAAAGGCUGCUUUCAUUUUGGGGUACCUCCAGCUCUGCUUUGGAGUUGAGAGGGUGGCAGCAUCCCACAAACAGCAGGUCUGAAGUCCUGACAGGGAAAAAAAAAAAACCCUGGAAGGGGAAAAAGUAGGGAUGGGGGAAAAGGGAAGAUUUUGGUAAAAGAGUGCAUGGUCUGUAAGCUGCUCUCAUCUCCCAGUACUGGUGUUGCUGCAGCUGCCCUGCCCUGCCCUGACUAACCUCCCUAGCAGGAGUUAAACCUGCCUUGUCCCCUUGCCCCCACACCACAAAUUAGGGGCUUCACCUCCAGAGGGGACCAGACACCAAAGAUGCUGCCAGGCUGGCCCCAGGGAUGCCACUGGAGAUGUGGGGUGGAGUUUGCAGGGGGGCAGACAGGCCUGGCUCUGAAGGAGGGUAAAACCAGGGCUUGGAAAGGCAGGAUCUGGCCAGCAUCCACACCUGACCCCUCCCCACCACGGCUUCCUCUUGGCCUCCCUGCAGAAGCAGUCCCAAACUGGGGGGUAGAGGAGGUUUGAAAUGGAAGCUGCCCUCCCCACCAGGCUAGGAACAGGUCCUGGAAUAAGCAUUUUGACCAAGAGGUGAUGAUGUAGCAGAGAAGUUUUUAAUCAAACGUCCUUUGAAGGCGAAGGCUUCACGUUUGGAGCCGCAGUGCCCGACGCCUCUUCUAACUCCAGCCCUAUUAUCGCUUGUAAUAAAGCUGUACAUUGAUUUAUUCCUUCCAUUAUCCCUCCCCUCAGCUCUUGUAUUGCUCGAGUUCUCUUUCCUUUUCUAAAAAUGAAGCUUUAUUUUAAAUCAGUUAUAUGACAUGAUUAAUCUUAGUGUUUACCCUAUGGCACUUGGUAAUGAUUAGUUCAUAGCGUGGCUCUGAUUUUUCUGGUUUCAGUCCUCAACAUGUAUUAAUAAUAAUUGCAAAUAGUACUUUAAAAAAAAAAAAAAAUCACCCAAAAAAGCCCCAAAACAACUGCACAGAUUUUUAA